AUGUACUUCUUCCUCUCCAACCUGUCCCUCACUGACAUCUGUGUAAGCACAACCACCAUCCCCAAGAUGCUGGUGAACAUCCAAGCACACACUCAGAGCAUCACCUACACUGAAUGCCUCUCCCAGCUCUGCUUUGUCUUGAUCUUUGGUGGCUUAGAAAAUUGUCUACUUGCAGUGAUGGCCUAUGACCGCUAUGUGGCCAUUUGUCACCCUCUGAGGUAUAUGGUCAUCAUGAAUCCCCGCCUCUGUGUCCUGCUGGUUCUACUCUGCCUGCUGGUCACUACUGUGAAUGCCCUUCUGCACACUCUGAUGGUGCUGCGACUGUCCUUCUGCACGGCCCUGGGGAUCCCCCAGUUCUUCUGUGAACUGACUCAAGUCAUCACACUCUCCUGUUCGGACACCCUCAUCAACAACUUGCUGGUGUUUUGGGGAACAAGCCUAUUUGCUGGUGUCCCUGUCUCUGGGAUUAUUUUCUCUUAUGCUCGAAUUGUCUCCUCUAUUUUGAGGAUCCCAUCAGUGGGUAGUGAUUAUGAAGUCUGUCUCAUCAAAGCAGCAGGUGUGGGUGUAGGUGCAUAUCGGGGUACAGAAUGA